AUGACCACCACUCGGAAGAUCAAAGAGUUUGGCCUCAGCGAAGUCUGGAGCUCGCCCGAAAAGCCUGCCCAGGUCGAUGUUGUUCUCGUCCACGGCCUCAACGGCCACCCCAAGCAGACAUGGACAAGCAAGACUGGCGACACCUUUUGGCCGGUCGACGUCUUGCCCGACUUCCUCGCCGGCCUGCGCGUGCGCCUGCUGACUUACGGCUACAACUCUAACGUCACCUCGUUCACUGACGGUGCUUCAAGGGAUCGCAUACAUCAUCACGCCGAAACGCUGGCUGGCGAGCUGCAUGCCAACCGCAGCUUGCGCAACUGUCUGGAACGCCCGAUUAUAUUUGUCUGCCAUUCGCUGGGCGGACUUGUCGUCAAGCGAUGCAUCAUCAUGUGCCGGAGCGUCGAGAAUGACCGGAUAAGGCAUCUUCGCUCCAUCUACGUCUCGACCUACGGAAUUCUGUUUCUCGGGACGCCUCACACCGGCUCUGAUAUCGCCAAAUGGGGCCUGUUGCUGCAGAAGAUUUGCAGUGCCGUCUUUCCCAAGCGCUUUCUCGACAGCUCCCCUCAGCUCAUCGAGGCGUUGAAGUCAAACAACGAGACUCUGCAAAACAUCAACCGUCUGUUCAACGAUUCCUUCAGUCGCUUCCACAUCUACUUCUUCCACGAAACAAAGCCCCUGGAUCUAAAGGGCACCCGGGAAUUCAUUGUUGACGAAGCCUCCGCGGCUCCCGAUAUCGAAGGUGCCGAACGAUUUGGCAUCGAGGCCGACCAUAGUUCCAUGGCCAAGUUUGAGGACGAUUCUUCCCCCGGAUUUGAAGCUGUCGCCGAGGCUAUUGUCCGCUACUCCCGAGAUGCACCCAAGGUCAUCGCCAGCCGUUGGGCCGAGGAGAAAGCCCACGUGCAUCUCCAGAACCAGUCAAGAGCAAACGAAAUCAUCGACUCCACCACACCUUCAUUUGAUUUGCCUGGAAAAGCAUCUCGAGGAGAGGCUCAAGGCAGGAUGGGUACGACUCCUCAGCAUUUCCUUACUGAUUCUGGCAGUUCAGUCCCGACUCUUCCUCCCCCCAACGCUGGGCUUUCUAUUGAAACCAUCCCUCGGAUGUCUCACAGCGUAGAAAAUUUACCUCCGCCGCGCCCCUCUAUGUUUGUCGUCCCCCCGGGCUUCCAUCCUAAUGCGACCUUUAUCGGAAUGGAAAAGGAAAUGUCAGAAUUGCACGCUCGCCUUUUCAAAGCCAAAAAGCGGGCACAGCGAGUGGCUGCCGUAUUAAUCGGUGGAGGGCCUGGCUCUGGAAAAACUCAUCUUGCUCGGGAGUAUGUCCACCGUCACCGCAGAGACUAUCCAGGCGGCGUAUUCUGGAUCGAUGCCAAGUCAAUCCUGUCCAUGUCAACGUGCUAUUGGGACGUUGCUCGAGCAGCAGCCCUAACCAGUGACAGCGAUGCCACACAGCCAUCGUCGACCAGCACGAAUGUCUAUGUGGAUGAAGUUCGCCAUUGGUUUGAGAGCAGAGAGGAGUGGCUACUCGUUUUUGAUGGGCUGGGCUUUGACGAGGACGGCCAGCUGAACGCUUUCAAAAAGUAUUUGCCAUUUACGAAAAACAGCAGCAUUCUCUACACUUCUGUUGACCGGACCUUGGCCAAGAAACAGCGGCUCUUCGAGCCAUACUGUCUAACCGUGCGGCCACUCCAGGUCGACGAGGCUCGCCAUCUUCUCUUCAAGGACUUGGAUAUCAAGAAGCCAACGUCCGAACAAUCGAAGAAAGCGACGGAUAUUGUCAAAUACUAUCAAUGUCUGCCACUAGCAAUUCAUGCUAUCAGUCAUAGGCUGCGAGCUACACGAAAGCCGUUGGAGAAAUACCAUAUUCAAUCCCAUCUUACCGACCAGAGACUAGCAGAACCCUUCCUAGGCAUCAUGAAAGAUCUUUCUUUAAACAAUCACUAUGAGGCUCUAAACCUCAUCAAUUUGCUGGCAUUCUUCGGGCACCAUGUCCCUGUUGGGCUUCUCACCUGGGGAAAGAGUGCACUGGAGGCCUUGGAUAUCCAGAUUCUGACGAGCAGUCGACUAGGCGAACCUGGUGACCUCGAUACUACUCUGGGCCUGCUAAUCCAAUAUGGACUUAUUGAGAGGGUUUCCGAUCCUUAUACAUCCAGGUCGUUCGUCUCAGAUGACACUAACAAACCACACGACAGUCCCGACAACGUGACUCCUGUAUGGUCAUCCGAGUCGUUUACUGAUUGCAGUCAGGAUACGACAACAGGGGUCUACCAAAGCACAAUUGAUGUGAUCAAGAUCCAUAGCGUUGUCCAAGGCUUUUGUCGAGACGAGCUCAAAAGUCAAGAUCAAGAAAUCAAACAACGGCGGAUAAAGGCUGGCCUUCAAAACGUACGCAAUGCAGAAGAUGGCCCUGGCUAUUUUCUAUCGUGGCUGUUGGCCGCCACCAAGGUUUACUACAAAUCCUACGAGAAUGCUCGAUACAAGAUGAACAAAGAUCGCACUGGUUCCUUGUUCGUCAAAGACCUGCACGAAUACGAGACUCAUGCUGAACGAAUUAUGGAUCAUUACAAACGGGGGGUCAAUGCACGGUCAUGUGUCGCUCUAGUCAAAGAUGCGAAGCAGUCUCUCAAGGACGCCGUCAAAGACAUCAAAAACGAAAUUGCAAGUGUCUCCCCCAACGCCUCUGAAGAAUCUUUGCGACACGAGAAAUCGAUAUUCGACCAUUCAAGCAGCUCAUCGUCAGCGCCAUCGUCGUCUAUGGAAGACAGCGCCGUGUCGCGCCGUUCUACGUGGAAUGGAGGCGACGAUGAAUCUGUCCAGGUCGAGUCGCCAUUAGACAUGGUUCGUUCCGAGCAGCCAGACCAAGUUCGCCUUGAGCUGUUCCCUCUUCAUAUCUACCGAGAAUCCACGGAUGAAAAGGACGAUGGCUAUCUGACUGAUGGCGAAACUCACAAGACAUUGAGCCGUCGGCCAUCUGUAACCCCAUCUCAACUGAGUCAGAUCACCGAAAGGCCUGCUACGGUUGAGGGAUCCAUAUCUGAUGAGUCAGGCUGGGAGAUUGUGAAAAAGAAGAAGGAAGCCUCAAAAGCCAAAGAGCCAGUCCGCAAGAAGAACAAGUUUCGUGGAAAGCUCAGGCGAGAUCUCGGGUCAUACCGACAGGUUCCUGCGCUGACGAAGCUAUCAUCUGCUCAAGGAGAGGGUUCAAUGAGUCGCCCACUCUCUACAUCCGGAACAAAGGUGAAGUAUCCCAAUGCACAGAGUAUACUGGCUCCUUAUCGUAAACCACAUCCCGAUGAGGCUUCAGAAGACGCCAAAAGACCACCACUCGCACCGAUGCCUCAGAAAGAGAACCAACGGUCAUGGGCGACGGUGGCCGCCCCUCAAGGCGCCGCACCCAUAGCAUUGAAAAUGCCUUCUUUUUCAUCUUCGGACGGGAGUAUUCAAGGUAGCUCUUAUAUCAGCAGGGAGUCCCCUUUCCCCGGACCUCGCCGCCCUUUGAGACGUACGCCAGGCGGCCUUCAAACUGAGCUUUCGAUGGAAUCACGAAGCAGUGGACAGAGCAGCAGCUCCAUUCCAUCUCCGGUAUCGAGUGAAUACAGACCUUCUCAUUUGAAUCCGCUCAGCCGUAGUGAUCCUGCUCUGGUCCCCGGAAGGGUUGCCAAAGAUGCUAGAUCUGCCCCUGGAUCUCGGUAUCAUUCAAGACACGCUUCGGCGAUUCCUGAUUCUACUCGAGAGCAAUCAACCAGUCCGCCUCGCCGGCUCCGAGACUUGACGAUAGAAGAUCUCAACUUCAACCAGAAGAUUGCAAUGACAUCUGAACGACGCUUCCUCUCGCCCCAGCGCUCUCCAUUCCAACCACCACCUCUCUCGGAUGCGAUACAUGAGAUACCGACCCCUGUCAGAGGCAGAAGCCCCAGUGCUCAUCCUUCUGCCAUUAUGCCGGGAUCACCACCUCCUCCUGCUCCGGAUGGAUACACGUCGGAGCCUUUGUCGGCACCCAUGUCUCGGGAUCCGUCAGGACAAUCUCAUGAUUCAUGGCAAACCGAGCCAGUGCCAUACUCGCGUAGCAUCUCCCAAGCCCCGGCUAUUAGCUAUGGAUACAACGUUCCUCUUAUGAACACAGCAGUAGUCAUGCCACCAGGUGGCCAAUCGUACGUUGUCCCAACGGCAACUCCCUCAGUCUUCAGCACAGCCCCUCGCCAAUCACGAUUCGAAUACGGCGGUGAGCCAGACUCAGAGGGACGAAUCCUCUUUGGCGAACACGAAGUCGACGUCAACCAAGCGCGCCAACGGGUUGACGCGUGGAACGAGCGCCAAACCACCACCACGUACUGUCUUGGCAUCCCACAGCAGCAGCAGCAACCACUGCCCCGUAUGCGGCCGCGAGUCUCGGAUACGGGUCCUAUUUUGUUAGAAACUCCCGUUAUUCCUGUUAUUCCUUCGGGACUUCGCUCGAGAGCUGGUAGCUCCCCGCCGGCACCUGACUACCAUGGUCUGGGUCUUCAUCUUGGCGCACAUUUCCCUAGAGAUAUGUGA